GAGAGGGUAAAUGAGAGAGCGGCGCUGGCUCAGUCACAGCGUCUUACUGCCAGGGGAAGGAAGGGGUACUGGAAACACACACGCACACACACACACACACACACACACACACACACACACACGCCUCAGUAGGACAGAGCAGCCGUUUCCAGGAGCAUCUCCCGCAGCCUGCGCUGGAUGAUGUGGAUGUUUGGACUUGAUGCGUCUUCCUCCGGAGCGGCUCGUGCUCCUGGAUGCUCUUCAUUCUCUCUCUGACCUGGGGCAGUGUCGGAGCGGAGACCCGCAGCGGCGGGACGACCCUGGCUUUCGGGGGUUUCUUUCAAUCGGAGGGAAGAAAAAAAAAAACACCGUCUUUGGAUUCUUCAGCCGUGAACUGUUGAGCAGACGUUUGAACCUGUAGCGUCGUGCCGCGUUGCCGCUUUUUCUUUUCUUUUUUGGAAGCAUGACCGCCGCGAACUGUUUGGACUGUGUGUGAGAGCCAGCCAGAGUUUUUGUGGCUUGCUGUGUGUGUGCGUGUGUGUGUGUGAAUGUGUGUGUGUGUGUGUCAGGAUGAGCGUUCCCAUGUUGAAGAUCGGUGCGGUGCUCAGCACAAUGGCAAUGGUCACGAACUGGAUGUCCCAGACUCUGCCGUCGCUGGUCGGGCUCAACGGAACCGCCAUCUCCCCCGAGGGCACACACGAGCGGAUCGUCAGUGGCUUGUACCCGGGCUCGGAGGAGGGCUGGCAGGUGUACAGCACGGCCUCGGAUCCCGACGGACGAUGUGUGUGCACGGUGGUCGCUCCGGCACGAAACCUCUGCAAACGGGACCCUCGGAGUCGUCAACUGCGCCUGCUCACCGAACAGGUUCAGAAUGUGAGUCAGUCCAUGGAGGUGGUCGACCUGCGGACAUCCAGAGACCUGCAGUACGUCCGAGACUCUGAGCCGCUACUGAGAGGAGUGGAUGGACGUUUACACACUUAUGUGGCCAACCCCCGCGCCCUGACGGCAAAGGGCCUUCAGGAGCUGAAGGGCCAGAUGUCUCAGUUACGGCCCCUCCUGUCCGUGGUGGAGCAGUACAGGUUGGACCUGCAGACGAUGGCCGCCCUGCGGCUGGAGCUCCUCAACCUGUCAAUCACCCUGACGGCCAUCCAGGAAGAGAUCGGCGCGUACGACUACGAGGAGCUCCAGCAGAGGGUCCUGCUGCUGGAGACCAGGCUGCACAGCUGCAUGAACAAGCUGGGUUGUGGUCGGCUGACUGCAGUUAGCGGCCCGAUCACCGUGAGAGCCUCGGGCUCCCGCUUUGGCUCCUGGAUGACUGACGCCAUGAUUCCCAGCUCUGACAGCAGGGUGUGGUCCAUGGACGGCUACUACAAGGGCCGGCGUGUGCUGGAGUACAGGACCAUGGGGGAUUUCACCAAGGGCCAAAACUUUGUGCAGCAUCUGCUGCCGCACCCCUGGGCGGGAACGGGCCACGUGGUCUAUAACGGGUCGCUCUAUUACAACAAGCACCAGAGCAACAUCCUGGUUCAGUACCACUUCCGCUCUCGCAGCGUGCUGCUCCAGCGCAGCCUGAGCGGCGCCGGAUACAACAACACGUUCCCCUACAGCUGGGGAGGGUCCUCGGACAUCGACCUCAUGGCCGACGAGACGGGACUGUGGGCCGUGUACACCACCAUCCCUAACGCAGGGAACAUCAUGGUGAGCCGCGUGGACCCCCGCUCCCUCGACGUGCUGCAGAGCUGGGACACGGGGUUCCCCAAGCGCUCGGCGGGCGAGGCCUUCAUGAUCUGCGGCACGCUGUACGUCACCAACUCCCACCUGGCCGGGGCCAAGGUGCACUUCGCCUACCACACCAACUCCUCCACGUACGAGUACACCGACAUCCCCUUCCACAACCAGUACUCGCACAUCAGCAUGAUGGACUACAACCCGCGGGAGAGAGCGCUGUACACCUGGAACAACGGACACCAGGUGCUCUACCACGUCACACUGUUCCACGUCAUCCGGAGCGACGGAUAGGUGGAGUGGGAAAAGAGAUUAUUAAAGAUGGAGGAGAUUGUUGAAAGGUACAUAACCGUACGCGCACACACACACACACACACACACACACACACACACACACACACACACACACACACACAAUGGCCAUUCGUGUGAGCAGGAAAAUGAGUACAACAGAAUCUGUGUUUUGAAUUUGAAUGGCGUCCGGGCUGCGGAGAGCUCACUGAGCUAAUAACCUGACACAGUCGUCCAACACCAGUCUAAAGGUCGCAGACGAGCGCGUUCAUCACGGCGUCGGUGGCGAAAAAAAAUUAACUGCCUCCGCUGCAAACGGGCGCCGAUAGGAAGACGGAAGUCGGCCGCAUCGAGCUCAUCCAUAUUCUGUUGCGUUUCAUUCCGCCCGUGUCUCGAGAUGUUAUUUUGGAAGUUGAGGCCGAAAUUGCCGGGGAGAGGAAGAGGAAAAGACGAAGAAAAAAAAAGAAGGAAAGAAAGAAAGAAAGAAAACGCAGCUCGUGACCUGAAUGUCAACACGCUUCGAACCUGGAGCGGCGACAGCGGCCCUGACGGAGAUUGUUUCUGGGUUUGUGAUGUGAUUGUGGACGUAUUCAGUCUGCAUGGUUGUUCAUUCAAUAAAGAUUAAUGUCAAACUAC